UACUGUGGUCACUGGAAGUCCAUUUUCUUCCCCUGCUAAUUAGGGGUAGAUUUGUGUCACUGCUUCAAGGGAAACCUCAGGGUCAGCACACUGCAAAAUGCUAGGUCUCCCCACUCUGCCAAAUAUAGUCUUCCUGAUGAGAUGGAGAAACCAAAGGCUGCAGUACUCAGGAAGUGUGGUACAGAUCAGUAAUGUCACCUUCCAGGUUGAAAUGCAUUGUGAGUUACUACUUUGCAAUUGAGCCUUUGUGAUGUUUCUGUCAGACCCAGCCUGUGGGCCCAGAAUCACAGUUAUCAGUACUGUCAGCAUCUCUCCUGGCAAACAUGUUCUUGUGAGCAGUGUCAGUUCCCAUUUCUUGGAAUACUUGCUCAAUGAAGCCUCAACUUCCGGUGACAUGCAGCAAACUUGCAGGAAGGCCUCAUGUGGGAGGUGUCCCUGGGAUGAGCCUGACCCUUAUCUUGCCAGCCAGCUGCAAGGGGAUUAUCCGGGAGCUCAGCUAUGCAGCUGCAAACACUCUUGUGCUGGCUGGACUGCCUUAGGACCUUCCUCUUGUCUUGUAAAGCCAGCAAGAAAGCAAGGAUUGAACUACUUUGGUAAGUCAACAGAGUUACCUCUGGUAACUUUAAUUGUUCAUUUUAUUUUAUGUUUUAUUUUUAUUUGCACAGAAAAGCACUGCCUUGUAGGUAUCUGUAGUUCUUCUGCUAAAGAAGUUAUUGCAGCUCAUGUGGUCAGUGGUGUAAGACUGCAACACAGACAGCUCAUUGACCUGUGUCUCCCAGUAUGGUAUGCCCACAGCUCCAGUAGGAGAUUAUUCACCUGGUGGAGCAAUAUCUGGCAUGGAAAACUCCACUGACCUCCACCCUUGGUAGCCUCUCUGCUGGCCAAGGACUGUUUAUCACUUCUUUUAAAAACUGGAAAGACUAUUUUUUACUCGUGGUAACAGUACAUUUAUUUCUGAAUCUCCUCUUGUAGUUUGCAUGAACAAAGCUUUGCUUACAGUUGUGAUUCAGAGCUGUGAUAAGGCAUGGGCAGUUUCAUAUUCUAAUUUUUGAUUCCUUCACAUAAAUUUUCUGCGCCUCCAGUAAUGCUGAAAAUAUAAGCAGCUCUUGUACACUUGUGAGGACUAGUUAAAAUAAAUUUGAUGGCUGCAGCUAUGCCUCCCAGUAGCCAUCUGUUCAUAUCCCUCCUCAAAUCCAGGGUUAGAAGACCAGGAACAUUUCUUCUGUAAUAAGAGACCAAGAAUUUGCAUGUCUCUUUUAACUCUGUUCUUUUCAGAGCUCUCGCAUCACCUGUGAAGGACACCAAAUUGAUCCAACUUUAGAAACUCAUUCUCAGAACAAACCAACAAAAGACCUGCUGUCAUCCUAGAGUGUGUGGUGUCUACUUGCCUGGUCUCCACCUCAUCCCGUCUCACCAGGGGAGUGUUUCCAGGUGAAGAUGAACAGUGGAAUUCUCCUGUUGCCUUUCCUUGGGUUCCUCCCACUUGUGAUACCUACAUGCCCUGUGCCAUGCAAGUGUACCACCACCAUUAUUGACUGCACUUCAAAAGGCCUAACUGUAGCAAAACUACCGAUUGCUUUCCGCCCUUCAGCUGAAAUUAUCCACCUUGGUUACAACAAGCUCACCUCUAUUCCCAAUGGGCUCUUUGACAACCUAAAGAGCCUUCAGGUUGUCUACCUGCAGGGCAACCCUUGGGAAUGUAACUGUGACAUCCUCUACUUGCGCUCCUGGCUCCAGUGGCAGCACAACCGGACCUUAUACAGGGAUGUGAGAUGCAGCUCCCCAGCUCACCUGCAGGGCCGAAUCAUUGCCUAUCUGACAGAAGACGAGAUCAUUGCCACGUGCCAGUACUGGUACUGCAUCCUGGCUCUCCUCUCUCAGCUCUGUCUUUUCAUCCUCCUUUUCCUCCAGGGUAUCUUUAUUAUCUUCAUCAUUGUCUACCUUCAGAAAUUUCGGAGAAUGACUGCUGAAGCUCAGAGCACCACCCAAGAUCUACACCAGCAUGUAGACACAUGGGCAUCUUCAAGAAGCCCUUACAAUGGUGAAUAACAUCACAAGAAUGAAGACCCUCCUCCCCCUUGGGUGAUGCUGUGCUAAGGUCAUGUGGUUUGUGAUGUCCAGAGGGAGCAAUUCGGUGCAGCAUCUGACCCUGACUGCAGUCCAGAACAGGACUGGAACUGAUCAGACACUUGAUGUAUUUCCAAAGACCUGAUCUUGUGGUUUUUUUACUGCUUUAAAUUCUUUAGCAUGAUCUUUACUGCUUUGAUGAGCUCGGGGUGGUUCUGGUUUGAUAGACUUAAGGAAAUCAUUGAUGACAGCAACCAGAACUGACACAAACUGCUCAUAACUGUAGGGCCUGUAGUGCUUGAUCCUUCCUGUGCUAGCGUAUUUCAGCAAUAUUUUCACAAUGAUUCCGGUUGCACUUGAUCAGGUGAGAAUAGAGGUGGACAGUGAACAGUUGAGGUACUGGACUAGGACAAUGGAGAAAUACGGUUUCCUUGGUGCUACCACAUUGCCUUUAGUAAACUUUGACAAAGUGACUGAGUCUUCUGCCUCAGUUUCCCAUCAGUAAAAGGGAAAGGAUGCUUCUUCUUGCUUAAUACAUCUUUCCCAAUGCUCUUCUGGAGGAGGGGGGAAUUGUUUAGAAGCCUACCCUUUUCCCCCUAUCUUCAUUCCUUUUAAUGUAUGUAUAGUUUCUAUACCAAUUCCAACAUACGCUGUGUCAGACUGGGGACCUGAGUGUUUGUGAGACAUUCACCUGGAGCCAAGUGGUGUUGAACCCGGAGGCUGCCUCCAAGUGUGUUUAUAUGGCACCUGGCACAGGAGAUCUGGUCUUGUUUAGAGACUCAAACUGCACAGCCCACUGACGUGCCUACUGCCGGUUAUGUUGUCCCUCUGUUUCUGGAAUGAAGCAAGAUUGAAAUAAAAUAAUGAUGCUUGUUGAUGUAAA